AUGUUUCUCGUCGAAUAUGCACGAUCCCAAUGGAGAAUAGCAGCAGUGGAAGCGAUGAACCCGGAUGGACUGAAUUCUUUUCUGAUUUUGUUCACUCUCAUCGUUAUGGUUAUUGCAGCAAUAAUUGGAGCUGUUGUUUGGUGUCACGGAAAUGUGGUUCGCCCGCACAAGCUGCGACAACAGCAUGAAGCCCAAGUGCGACUAUCGAUAGCUGGCGAUCACGUCGUAAUAAAUACU